GCUCCACUAAGGGGGGCGCGCGCAUGCGCACUGGCUCUCAAGCGUGCAUCACCUUUGCAGCCAGGUCAUUAAAGGGAGAGGAAGCUCUUUCAGGAAGAUGUGAAUGGGCAGCAAGACGAUCUACAGAAAGCGAUACACUUAAAACAGCAAACUUUUUUUUGUUUCUGUUUGCCGACUUGGACGAAGUGAAAUUGACCAGACUUCCUGCAGGCAUUUUGCAGACAGGCGGGAACUGGCCAGCAGAGACUGUUCUAGGGGGUCUUGUGUCUUCGAGUAGCCGAUCGGGAGAGGACAGCUGGUUAAAGUCCCUCUUUGUCCGCAAAGUGGAUCCCCGGAAGGAUGCUCACUCCAACCUCUUAGCCAAAAGAGAGACCAGCAGUCUCUAUAAACUGCAGUUUCACAACGUCAAGCCAGAAUGCCUAGAAUCUUACAACAAGAUCUGUCAGGAAGUGCUGCCAAAGAUCCACAAAGGGAAGGAGUAUCCCUGUACGCUGGUGGGGACCUGGAACACGUGGUAUGGAGAACAAGAUCAAGCUGUCCAUCUUUGGCGGUAUGAAGGAGGCUACCCGGCCCUGACGGAGGUCAUGAGUAAGCUACGGUAUGACAAGGGCUUCAUGGAAUUCCGCAAAGCCAGAGGAAACAUGCUUCUCUCCCGUAAGAAUCAGCUGCUCUUGGAGUUCAGCUUCUGGAACGAGCCUGUCCCCAGGACGGGGCCGAACAUCUACGAGCUGAGGUCUUACCAGCUUCGCCCUGGAACAAUGAUCGAAUGGGGUAACUACUGGGCCCGUGCCAUCGGUUUCCGGCAGGACGACAAAGAAGCCGUCGGCGGCUUUUUCUCGCAGAUCGGGCAGCUGUACAUGGUCCAUCACCUCUGGGCCUACAAAGAUCUCCAGACAAGAGAAGACAUAAGGAACGCGGCGUGGCAUAAACCGGGCUGGGACGAGCUGGUGUAUUACACAGUUCCCCUCAUCCAGGAAAUGGAGUCCCGAAUCAUGAUACCCCUGCAGAUCUCUCCGCUUCAGUAACGACAUGGCAGAUCGGCCGAUGCCUAUGUGUCGAUUUCCGUUGUUUGUCUUUUUUUUUUUAGUUAAGUUGACCGUAUGCGUGUGGCCAUUGAAACCUUCACUUCUGAAAGUACUGUACGUUGGGGCUGGUGGGUGAGACCUGCAAGAGCACUUAGGGGGAUUAAUAGGGUCGUUUUAUUAUGUCUUAGUGUUUGACCGUACAACCGGGUCCUCUCUGAAACAGCCUCUUUUGAGCAGCACCAGGCCUCUGGAGAAACAGCAGGCACUGAUGGAAAAACACACUAGCUUUGCUAGUGAUUGCAUGAGCUUUAAACCCUUGAAUGAAGCUUUAUCUAAUCAUGGGGAGAUUCAUUGUGGACACACUCCUGGGUAUUGUGCUUUUCCUUUCCAGGCAUGGUUAAAAAUCCUCUGCCUGGAAUUUAAAAAAACCCCUCCAGCAAACUGGUGGCUGGUGUGGCCCACUGGUGAAGAAAAAUGUGAUUUUAUUGAAUCUAUCCAGUUGUAUUAUACUGGAUCCAAAACUCAAAAGAAGUCAGUGAGAGAGCACAAUAGUCAUAGCAGUAGCCAUUGCUAGGGAAAGCAGCCUAGAGUCACAAAUAGGGUCCUUGCUGUCCUGGGAAAUUCCAAGGGUCAUGGAAUCAGGCAUGUUACCACUUUGUCAACAACUCUAGCCAUAAGCAACAUUUCCAAUUAAUGCUAUAUACACCCACUGGCAAGAGAACAUCUCCUACAGUAUACAAGACCACUUUUUUUUUCAAACAAAGCCCUUCAAUAUCAUAGACUGUGCCCAAAGUGUGCAAAAGACGUCCAUAACGGAAUCCGCCUCAAAAUGGCCAGACAUUCUGAUUCCGUUACUGACAUGUUUUGCCUGUUUCAGAACACUGCCUAGAAUACUGAAGGGGUUUGUAACAACAUGGCCUUGUGGUAGAUGUCCUCUUGCUAGUGGGGAUAUAUAAUAUCAACUCAAAACGUUGCUUGUGGCUACAGCCGUAACAUGCCUGAUUCCGUUACCUGCGAGAUUGCCCUCUCUUCGGGGAGCUUUGAAAGCCUCCGAUUCUCUUCCGCUGCUCUUCCUAGGAAUGGUUGUAUCACUCCAUAUUUUCAUAGCCAGUUUUCUCUUCCCCAGACAGCAGAAACAAUUGAUCAAGUGGGGAGGGGGAAGAAGAGAGGAGAUGCCCGCUUGAAACUUCUCUUAUUGGUCUAUGAGCCAGCUAGGGGGGUUGGUAUCAGCUGGAGAGGCCGGCUCACGGAUGAUGCCAUUUUCACUCUCCAAUCAGAAGACUCCAGGUUCCUCUCCUUAGGACCGUAGCCUUCUCCCACAUCCGAAUGUGUCAACGAUGUACAAUUUUUUAUUAACACUCCUAGAUUAUAUCGUGAAGCCAAAGGGGAAGGGAGAUGGGGGCUGAUUUAUUUCAUAAGCACUGAUCUCCAUAUUUUGGCCAGUUGUGUGGUUUGACUAAGGCAAAUGCAGCUGAUUCUGAUAGAAUGCAUCUAGGCGACGUGCGUCAAAUCACUUAGGACUGGCACAAAUCAGUUGCAGUUUCCUGUUUCUUGAUUUUGCUUUAGAAUAGAGACUUUAAAAAAAAUAAAAUUGGUGUCUCAUGAUGUUGAACCUAUGAUCCGGUUAGUUGAAAUCAGUGCAAUACACCUCUGUGUGCCGUUACGUAUCCAACAUCCACUGUAUACGUUUCCGUGAGUUUUCUGCCAGAACAUACCAAUAAAAUCAUUUUGAUUUUCGCAUA